AAUGGUGGUGGUGCCAAGGGCCAGCCGGCAGCGACAUCACAAGCCGAGGCCUUUCUCACCCUCGGCAUCACCCACCACGAGUCGGGCGACCUGUCGCGCUCGGCAUACUACUUUGAGCGCUCCGCCAAGAUCGAUGGCGGCUGCGUCGUGGGCAUGUGCAUGUGGGGCAUGGCUCUGCGCGAGGGCUGGGGUGCGCGCAAGGACCCGCGCAAGGGCUUCGAGUGGAUCAGCAAGGCGGCCGCGCGCGCCGGCGAGCUCAUGAAGCCCAGCGGGCCUGGUGGGGUGCAGCAGAAGAGCGAGGCCGAGCUCAAGGCGAUCCGAUCGGAGCUCAAGCUGAGCGUCUACGAGCUCGGCAAGUGCUUUUGCUACGGCUGGGGCGUCAAGCUCGACAAGCUCAUGGCCCUCGAGUACUUUGAGCUCGCUGCCAAGCUCGGCGACUCGGAUGCCCAGGCAGAGGCUGGCGCCCUCCUCGCUGCGGGCAAGGGCGGCUGUAAAAAGGACCUGCGCAAGGCCGCCAUGUACUACCGCAUGGCCGAGGCCCAGGGGUACGACACCGUGGGCCUGUCCUGGAUCCACAAGGACAAGUAC